GCUUUCAAUAGACAUGCUUCAAUAUGAAAUGAUUUUACGUUAAAAGGUUCUACGUUCAUCACGACACGGUAUUCAAAUUUGACAAUUCCCGUUAUAACCAGUAGAAAAGUAAUAGCCAGUAAGUAUUUGGUAAUUAAAACAGCAUAGCGGCAUGCCAUGUCCAGUCAAUUGCAAUAAAAUGAAUAAAUGAAAGUGUUCCAAUAUCCAAUCAAUAGCUAUCAGGGCUUAAGACUUUUGGCAGGGUGAGAACACAAAAUGAACUCCCACUGACAUGUGACAUUGCUCACCCCUGCCCAUAGGAUCCAUUGGUACAAUCUGCACACAAUGAGCAUUCCAGCACAUACGCUUAUCGACAUAAAGACCUCCAGUACAUACGGGCUUUGCUAAACCGAUAAUGGCUUCAGAGGGGGUUACGUUACCGUUACAAGGCAAUAGCCUGGCAUCGACUCAUGGCCAAGAGACAAGCUGCUUUAACCUCAAGCGUCGUUAUAAGGAGUUCAAGAGCCAGCUGUACACCCAAGAAUUCAGCGAUUGGGACGUGUUGUUCGUCCUUUUUGCCGUGGCAACUUUCAUUGCUGACAUCGGCACCGACCUUGGUCUUGCCUUGACGUAUUUCACCGAAGCAGAGUACUGGUGGUUUGCCCUGACCCUGUCCUUCAUACUCCUGCCGUCCUUAGUUCUCCAACUCUUCAGCCUGCGGUGGUUGUGUCAGGACAAGAAACCAACAGCGAGAAAAAGCCACCAGACAUGGCUAAGUUGGAUAGCGCGAUGUACGCUGCAUUUUCUUCAGCUAGGAACAGUUGUGAGAUGUCUGGAAGCCUUACGGAUAGGCCACAGGAGCAGGACCAGCCGAGACCACGCCCUGCGGUCCUGGUAUUACCUGGCCUGGGUAGCGGAGUGGACAGACGUGUGUCUGCUCAGGAUGUUUGAAGCCUUCCUGGAGUCCGCGCCACAACUGGUGCUGCAGCUGUACAUCAUGCAGGUCAAGGGAGAGGCUGAUAGACAAACAGUGAUAUCCUGCUGUAUCUCCAUCACAUCCCUGGCCUCGUCGCUGAUCUCCUACCACAGGUCAUUACGUGAUGCGCUUCCAAACGCGAAGAUCAUGAACUACACAGGCGUCAUCCUCUGGUUUCUGUGGCGCCUUCUGACCGUUUCCUCGCGUGUUCUUGCCAUCGCCGUUUUUGCACACCUGUUCACUUGGUGGAUAUUUGUCGGUCUGUCGUUGCAUUUUAUCUUAAUGUUUGUCUGGCUGAUAUUUCAGAAGACAAAAUUCUAUGGUGGAGAUAGAAGGGCUGAGGAACUUGGCUUUGACUUUAUCAUCGCGUUUUUGUACAUUUUCUGUUGGUUGAACAUGAAGGAGAGCCGAUCCCGAUACAGGGCGCUACUUUAUUACUUGUUAGUCUACGCGGAAAACGUCACAUUUGUCGGCUUGUGGUACUGGAAAAUUACCAAAGUUGGGUCUCUCUAUGCCGAACUAGUCCUACUUUGGGUCAUGUUUGGCUUUCUGGGAGGAAUCGCUUUCAUGGCGUUGUACUAUCUGCUUUGUCACCCCAAGAAAAUUCCGUUUUACGUGCCACCGUGUAGUACUGAAGUAACACGCCAGGAGUCGUCUCUGCAUGAUAUUCAAGACAGACUUGACUGCAAAGAGCAGGCCGUCAAACUUCCCUGCAUCCAGGUGAUGAGAGAAGACUGGCGACCGCGGGGUAAGCGUCCUAACCUCAGUCUUGGCUUCGCGUAUCGCUGGAGGGCUGUAGAAGAGGAGGGUGCCAAUGGCUGAAGCAGACCUUCGGACCUAUCACAAGGCAGUUUUGUCUACAAUUCUGCUCCAGCAGUCCCUAAGGGUAAACCUUGGGGGUCAUGAAUUAGACGGCUGGGAAUUACACAAUUUUAAAAGUUACACUUCAAUAAUUUUCCUUGUUGUACUGUUUUUCUUUGAUUGUACAGUUUUUUAAAACUAUGGUACUAAUUAGUGAGUCAACAGGCAUAAAUUUUCCCCAUAAAUUUAAUGUCAGAGCAUGGCUGUAAAUUAUGACAAUGUAUGUUUCAAUGAUAUAGAUUUGUACAUGAACAUAUUGAUUGAAGUUCACAUAAAGUAACUUACUGGCACAAUAUAUGAAUGAAAGCAAAUGUAAUGGGCCAUAUUUGCUGCAGCAUGUUUUAUGGAAACAAAAUUUUGUCACAUAUUGUUAAGUACAUGUGCCUUCUAUCUUCUUUGGAUAACUUUCACAAAUAUAGGCAUCGCUGGAAGAUAAGAUUGGAAGAGAUGGCACUUAAAACAGUAUAACUAUUAACACUGGUUGAUUGAUUGGUAAUGUUGCUUAUGAGUUAAGUCAAUACCACUUAUAGUUUAAAGGUCGUACAUUGUUUACAUUGUCCUUUUUAACGAGCUAUCCCGACUUCAACGUUUACAAAGUCACCAUAGUGAUAUAUUAAUCUAAAUUGUUUUUGACAAUCAUACAUGUUGUUCAACAAUACACAAUUGAUGGUGUUGGAAAAAUAAAAGUGUCACACACAAAACACUGGCUUGUACUAUACAAAUACUGAAUGAAAAUAAAAUGUGGUAAAAAAAAAGAAA